AUGACGACUGUUGAAAAGAUUAAAGCCAUAGAAGAUGAGAUGGCAAGGACCCAAAAAAACAAGGCGACUUCCUUUCACUUGGGUCAACUCAAAGCCAAACUUGCUAAGUUGAGAAGAGAGUUGCUCACAGAUGGUGCCUCUGGAGGAGGAGGUGGAGGAGCAGGAUUUGAUGUAGCCAGAACAGGGGUUGCAACUAUAGGAUUCGUUGGCUUUCCUUCUGUCGGUAAGUCCACUUUAUUGUCUAAAUUAACAGGCACCCACUCAGAGGCUGCAGCAUACGAAUUUACUACGCUUACCACUGUUCCUGGUAUUAUAAAAUACAAGGGAGCUAAGAUACAAAUGUUGGAUUUACCUGGGAUCAUUGAAGGUGCGAAAGAUGGUAAAGGUAGAGGUAAGCAAGUCAUAGCUGUUGCAAGAUCUGUUAAUCUUUUAUUUUUGGUUUUGGAUGUCAAUAAGCCUUUGCAUCAUAAACAGAUAAUCGAGAAAGAAUUAGAAGGUGUUGGGAUAAGAAUAAACAAAGAACCACCCAAUAUAGUAAUAACGAAAAAGGAGAGAGGUGGUAUUAACAUUACAAAUACAGUUCCCUUAACACACUUAGACAAUGAUGAAAUCAGAGCUGUAAUGUCCGAAUAUAAAAUAAACUCUGCAAAUAUAGCCUUUAGAUGUGACGCUACUGUUGACGAUCUUAUCGAUGCUAUUGAAUCAAAGACAAGAAGAUACAUCCCAGCUAUCUAUGUUCUCAACAAAAUUGACUCGUUCUCAAUCCAGGAAUUAGAUUUACUUUAUAAAAUUCCAAAUGCUAUCCCAAUUUCUUCGGGUAACGGUUGGAAUUUAGAUGAUUUAUUGGAUAUGAUGUGGGAAAAAUUGAAGUUGGUGAGGGUAUACACUAAGCCAAAGGGCAAGUUACCCGAUUUCAAAGAACCAGUUGUCUUGAGAAGCGAUAGAUGCACUGUUGAGGAUUUUUGCAAUUCUAUCCACAAAUCCCUUGUAGCUGAUUUCAGAAAUGCUCUUGUGUAUGGUACUUCUGUAAAGCAUCAGCCUCAGAUCGUUGGGUUGAGUCAUCCGUUGGAAGAUGAAGAUGUGAUCACGAUCUUGAAAAGAUGA